UUGUGGCUGUGGUAACUAGUGACGACCGUAUGAGUUUGACAGAUCGUGGAGCGGAGCUGACUGAGGUGAAAACCCAAAAAACUUUGGGAAUAACAAGCCCUUCUCCAUUCGACCAACAUACACGAGUAACCUUCGGGAUAUGCAACCAAUGAACAAAAAGGCUACAAAGCUAGUAACAUUUUAAUUUGACAAAGUCCCACCUCGAGUUUGUCAAGUAGAAGAAACAAUGUUCCCGUGUUUUCGACGUUAAUGAACGUGGAAUAGAGCAGGCAAGGAACACCUCAUCAGGCGAAAGUCGGACUGUCCAGGAUCCAACUAGCUCAGCUACCUAGCUACUGCUUGGAUCAGUUGUUUGCAUGCAGCAAAGGGCGGGAAUGGUGACACCAUGAUCGAGGGUGGCUGAGAGUCAGGGGAAGCCACACAGCGGCAUGGAGGGCACCAGGGCCACCAUCUUGGCGCCGGUCAGGAGCGACGACCCUCGGCGGGAUCGGAAGCGGCGUGUCGGGGGUCCUGUAAGGAAGGGGGGUGUCUGCCAGAACAGGACAGUCUCCCCACAUGGGGAGUGCACCUCGGACGGAGAGAAGGAGCCGGAGUCAGCCUUGAAGGAACUGAAACCAAAUCCGCUGUCAAAGGGGCUAGGCAAAUGGGAUACUGAGGGGGAGCGAGGAGCGGAGUUGUCGCCUGAGGGGGAGGACGUCCUUUGCUCCUGGGAAAUGGACUCUCAGGAUCAGGAGAAAGAGGAGGGGAAACAGAAGGGGAGUAGUAACAGCCAGAGCACCUCCAAUACGGAUAGCCCUGCCCCCUCCAGCAGCUGCACAGAUCUGUCCCAGACGUCGUCUCCAUCGCUGUCAGACCAGCUCUUCCUGGGUCGAGAGGAAGGGACGGGGGCCGGGAUCAACGUGGAAUGUCGGAUCUGUGGAGACAAAGCCUCGGGGUUCCACUACGGAGUACACGCCUGUGAAGGCUGCAAGGGCUUUUUCCGCCGGACCAUCCGUAUGAAGCUGGAGUACGAGCGCUGUGAGCGCAGCUGUAAGAUCCAGAAGAAGAGCAGGAACAAGUGCCAGUACUGCCGCUUCCAGAAGUGCCUGCUGCUGGGCAUGUCCCACGACGCGAUCCGGUACGGCCGCAUGCCGGAGGCGGAGAAGAGGAAGCUGGUGGCGGGCCUUCUGGCGGGAGAUACGGCCCCGACCACCAACCCCAACGGCUCGGACCUCAAAUCCCUGGCCAAGCGGGUCAACAACGCCUACCUGAAGAACCUCAACAUGACCAAGAAGAAAGCUCGCAGCAUCCUCACCGGCAAGAAUAGCUCCAGCCCGGUAGCGUAUCCAUAUCCCUUCGUGAUCCACGACAUGGACUCGUUGCACCAGGCUGAGAACGGGCUGGUGUGGAACCAGCUGAUCAACGGGACGCCGCCCAACAAGGAGAUAGGGGUUCACGUGUUCUACCGCUGCCAGUGCACCACGGUGGAGACGGUCAGGGAGCUCACGGAGUUCGCCAAGAGCAUCCCCGGCUUUGUAGACCUCUUCCUCAACGACCAGGUGACGCUGUUGAAGUACGGCGUGCACGAGGCCAUCUUCGCCAUGCUUCCCUCGCUUAUGAACAAGGAUGGGCUUCUGGUGGCCAACGGGAAGGGCUUUGUGACCCGGGAGUUCCUGCGCAGUCUGCGGCGGCCCUUUAGCGAGAUCAUGGAGCCCAAGUUUGAGUUUGCCGUUAAGUUCAACGCCCUGGAGCUGGACGACAGUGACCUGGCCCUGUUUGUGGCCGCCAUCAUCCUCUGUGGAGACCGUCCGGGGCUGAUGAACAUCAAGCAGGUGGAGGAGAUUCAGGACAGCAUCCUGCAGGCCCUAGACCAGCACCUGCUGGGCAACCACGCUGACUCACAUUACCUCUUCCCCAAGCUGCUCAACAAGAUGGCCGACCUACGCCAGCUGGUCACAGAGAACGCCAUGCUGGUCCAGAAGAUUAAGAAGACUGAGUCAGAGACCUCACUGCACCCGCUGCUGCAGGAGAUCUACAAGGACAUGUACUGACUGGACUGAACUGGUUUUAGCUUUCUACAACAGCGGUGCUGUUCACUCACUCCUGUUUCCUGUGAGUGGGAGUCACAGGGGGUGCAUGUUUUUUGUUCCAGCACUAACACACCCGGUUCAACUCCUCAGCCAAUCAAUCACGACCUUGAUCAGUUGAGUCAGGUGUGUCAGCGUUUUUAUUCUAAUGUUUUUUUAAAUAAAAGCCUGAGGAAAACGGAUACCUGAAAUGGCAAUGUGCUGACUGGUGGGAGUUAUGACUAUGAAUAUAGCUGCACACUCUUGUUUCCGAUGCAAUUGAUUUCUAAAGAAUCACCAUAGUUUGGGCAGCAAACUGCCUUCAUCAGGGUCUCUUGACUGUCUGGACUGGACGGAAUGACAUUCUGAUUGGGAAUGGAGCAAUGGACUAAUACAAAGUAAUACACACCCUACCACAUAUUAAACAUGCGUGGAAGUGGUUGGGUGUCCCAAAUAUAUAUGUAUAUUAUAAAACCUGAUUUGAGCUGUUUCAAGACAUAAUUGAUGCUGUUGUAUAGCAGGCUUUUAACUGUGGUUGGACAGGACUGAUACAGUUGACUGCUUGUAGUCUCCUGCUCUCAAUGUGGUGAAGGUGCAGAGGUAUUCCAGGAGAAUAGCAAACAGCUCCCCAACCAACGCCACAACAAAACCAAGACUACUUUUAUUUCCCCGCUUCUAUUUUUUGACCGAUGAUCAGCAUUGCUAUUUUUAUACAACAGAUUUUUGUAGUCUCUCCCGAUGAGGAGUGUUUUUUUACAACGGUCAACCCACCCUGAACUGCAGGGUUAUCAUCAGACUGUUCUGCCAUUUUGUUUGUGCUACAAACUCUCUGAGGUUGUGAUGCUGAUAUUCAGAAAAGGGAUGGUUCUGCUUGCCAGUAGAAAUAAGAGGGUCGUCGGCAACCAUGGGCGUCCCCUUUCCCAUUCCUAAGGCCCUUACCCUGGAAUCAGCUAUCACCAAACCCCCUUAACUCGCCUUUCCUCAUAUGGAUACCUUCAGUACAAAUUCACACCCGUCAACCUCCCAAUUCAUCUACCAAUCAUAGAACGGUUUUGAUUGAUAAACCCCCCCCCCCACACCCUUCGUGUCAUUUCCCCAGACACUAUCUGAUAGUAGGAGUUAAUAUUUGUACCUUCAAAGUUUAAUUCCCUCCAUGCCACUGAGCCCCCUCCCCUCCUGUUAGACCAGGAAGUACAUGGACAUACUCAGUCAGUCUCACUUCUCAAUGGACACACAUAUAUAUACAUUUAUAGAUUCUUACAACCUCCUAACCUCAAUACCUUUUGUUUUAUUUUGUGUACAACUGUUGGGUCUAAAACCAUGGGACAAUUCUGUGUUGUCAUACUGUGAAGGUUAACCUGACCCUGGGGUCUGUGUAAGAUGUUUCAAUGUAUGAUUUUACUUAUGUUUACGCUAGAUUACUUAUACAUAAUUGAAGUAUUAUUUGUAUGUAUUUUUUCAGCCAGGCGGUGUUCUGUAACCUGAGCACUGUCGAUAAGCCAAACUCUGAAGCCGGUCUCGUGCUUCCCAGUCAAAACAGUUCACGCAUAUAUUACGACAACAUCAUGUGACGUUUUUGUUUUGUUGU